CUGCGGACAAAGGAGGGAGCUGGGUCCUGCUUCCUCCUGGUCUUGUCGAUGAGGAUUUUUAGACCUUGGAGACUGCGCUGCCCUGCCCUGCACCUACCCUCACUCUCCGUGUUCUCACUAAGGUGGAAAUUGCCCUCCCUCACUACUGACAAGACCAUGUGUAAAAGCGUGACCACAGACGAGUGGAAGAAAGUCUUCUAUGAGAAGAUGGAGGAGGCAAAGCCGGCUGACAGCUGGGACCUCAUCAUAGACCCCAACCUCAAGCACAAUGUGCUGAGCCCUGGUUGGAAGCAGUACGUGGAGUUGCAUGCUUCAGGCAGGUUCCACUGUUCCUGGUGCUGGCACACCUGGCAGUCACCCCACUUGGUCAUCCUCUUCCACAUGUUCUUGGACCGCGCCCAGCGGGCGGGCUCGGUGCGCAUGCGCGUCUUCAAGCAGCUGUGCUAUGAGUGCGGCUCGGCGCGGCUGGACGAGUCCAGCAUGCUGGAGGAGAACAUCGAGGGCCUGGUGGACAACCUCAUCACCAGCCUGCGCGAGCAGUGCUACGGCGAGCGCGGCGGCCAGUACCGCAUCCACGUGGCCAGCCGCCAGGACAACCGGCGUCACCGCGGAGAGUUCUGCGAGGCCUGCCAGGAGGGCAUCGUGCACUGGAAGCCCAGCGAGAAGCUGCUGGAGGAGGAGGCGACCACCUACACCUUCUCCCGGGCGCCCAGCCCCACCAAGCCUCAGGACGAGACGGGCUCAGGCUGGAACUUCUGCUCUAUCCCCUGGUGCUUGUUUUGGGCCACGGUCCUGCUGCUGAUCAUCUACCUGCAGUUCUCCUUCCGUAGCUCCGUCUAAGAUUCCCUGGGUGGGCCCAGAGCCUGUCGAGGGUGCCAGUCAGCUGAUGGGAGGGUAGAGGAGAGACCUGGGUUGGGAAUAGUGUCAACUUCUAGUGCUGGUGAUGCCACUGACUCAGUGGGGAUCUUGUACAAAUUAUACAGUUUUUCCACCUAUAAAACUUAGGGUUUGGGCAAGGUCAUUGGUUUAUCAUAGUGAAACCCAGGACCCCAAAGUUCUGCGUAGGUGCCUCAGGGACUUUUGGAUUUGGAAAGUAGGCUAAGCUAGUGGGUGUCUCCAACUCAUGGUCUAACCACCCAUCCUCCAACUCCUGCCUCCUCCUCUUGCUUCGAUCAUAUCAGCUUUACUUUAGAUGGGGUUCCAUUUAAAAUUUUUGUACAAAAAAAAAAAAAAAGGUUUAACUACUUUUAAAAAGUUUGAAAAUUAGAGGACUGGGUGAUCUCAAAAGGGCUUUCCACAGUAAUGAGCUCGACCUUGCUCUUGUUAGUCCCUCACCCCGCACCUCAUGAUCUCCCACAUUCUCUAGCUGCAGCCUUAAAUUAGCUUCUUUGCCCACCCUGUGAACCUCAUCCAUGAUUCUGCCUUCACCAUGCAGCAGAGGUUUCCCUUGAAGUGCGCGAGGUGGGAGAUCAGGCUGUUCCUUCGCUGCUGGGUACACAGGAUCUCU